GGUCAGACGUCCACCUUCACCAACCCAUCUGUUGACGCGCGGCUCAAAGUGAUUCACCGAAACGAUAAAAACACGAGCUCAGCAGCGCAAUCUGGACCGGGUGUUGCUGUUUCUUUGGAUGCUAUAAUCUGCAGGCUGAUGAGAUCCAGACUACGAACAAAGAACUCCUCUCCAAUGGACUAAAAAAAAAAAAUCAGCCAAUUCCACCUUAAAUGGCAUUUGCGUCUGUGGCGGAGACCUGGGCGCCAUCUUCGGUCCACCUUAAGCGCACGAUGUGGCCAACGAACGGCCGCGUUCCAGCCAGGCUUCCGUCCUCAUUCUCCGGCCGGGGUUCGCACUUGGGCUUCCCAGCUCCGGCUCCGCGUCACUUGUGAAACAGCAAAGGAGAAAGAAAAAAAGAGACGCACUCAGGCCAAACGCGACCAGCAAGAGAAGAUGUCCGAACCCAAUAAGUACCGAGAGUGGAUCCUGGCAACAAUCGACUCCCUCCGCUCGAGGAAAGCCCGUCCGGAUCUGGAGAGGAUUUGUCGAAUGGUCCGGAGACGACACGGGUCAGACCCGGACCGAACCAGGACAGAACUGGAAAAACUGAUUCAAGAGCAGACGGUGCUCAAAGUUAGCUACAAGGGGUCCAUAUCGUACCGGAAUGCCGCGAAGGUGCAAAGGAAAAGCAGAAAGAAGAGUGAGUUUACGGCGGCGGGCGGCAGCGCGGAGGCGGCGGCGAGGGAGCGACCCAAACGCGACCCCCUCAACAACAACAACAACAACAACAACAACAACCACGGCGACAGCGCGCACAGCUUCACCGACCAGGGGGAGGACUCGGAGCCCAGCCCGGACCCCCGCGCCCCUCAAGCAUCAGCCAGCGCCGCCGACCAGAAGCGCAAGCCCGCCUCCAGCCCGAGUAGCGGAAACCGGAGCCUCGUUUGUGGCGCAACAACGGGCUGCGGUGCCGGGAGCGGCUGUAAAGAAGCAAGUGCGCCGGGAGACACGGGAUUAGGACCGCGGGGAGCGGGGGACUGCCCGCCGCCCGGUCCGCGCCUCGGGACGAACCAACACGGCGGCGGUGAUGCGAGCGGCGCGGCGGCGGGCGACGCCGAGGCGUCUCCCGGGGAAAUGGAGCCGUGUGUGUCGGGGGAUGACACGCGGGACACAACUUGCUCCGGGAGCGUCCGCAACGUCCCGCAACAACAACAGCAGCAGCAACAACGGGGACACAAGCCGACUGAGUCCCUCGAGCCCAAACUUCCAGUCGGAGUCGGGGGAGGGGAAAAGGGAGGGGGGGGCACCGGAGCAGCGGGGAGCCACGCCAACUCCGAGCUGGGCGACAGAUUGGUGGCUUCUGUUCGCAGCCUGUCCGGGAAAAGCAUCCGCGGGGGGGGCUCCGCGGCCACCGCCACCGGAGGCCACAUGAAGCCGCUCGGCCUGAAGGAGAUUUUGGGCUAUUUGAGCAGCCAGGAGCGGUUGUCGGAAGAAAAGCUGACCCGAGGCAAAGUCAAAGUGGUCAUGGAGAGAGAGGUGGCCAGGGGCCGACUGCGCAGGACGCGCUGCGGGAACAUUACUCUUCCUCUGAGGGGGGCGGAGGCGGCGGCGGAGCCGAAGAGUGCGUCCGCUGACGGACCGGCGAGGAGCGCGCUGCGGGGCGCGCACGCGGGGACAAAGCCGCUGCCCCCCUCUCUCCGGGAGGAUGAGCCGAUGGAGACAGGCAGCGAAGAACAGGAACGAGAGGAGGAGGAGGAGGAGGAACAUGAGGAGGAGGUUUCCCCGAGUUCUGAUGAGGAGGCGGGAGGACGAUCCCCGGUAGCCAUGACAACCGAACCUGAGCUCAUUGAGAAAACCACAGAUGUUGAGAUCCAGACAUCAUCAAAGAGGGAGAGCCCUCAGCACGGGUCAAAAGGGAGGUGUGGGCUUGAUUCCCUCACCAGGACGAGGCGUUUACCUGUUCAGGGUGCUUUGCUGUCACAAUGUGACAGAGAAAAGUUGGAGGACACAGCCUCCAAUCAGCUGCAUAUUGAGGCCCAAAUGCAACAUGACAGAAUCCACCUCACGGACUUUGACAGCUUUGAGUCCAAAACGGAAGUCGGCGUGUCGUCCUGCCUGCUCACACCCACUGCGUCUCCGAGAGACUCCGGCGUGUCCGAGGAGCGAGGGGUGGACGGAGGAGGAGGGUUUGUAAAGUCUGAAGGAGCCAGUGGGGGCCCAGUGGACUGGACAGUGUCUGAUGUAGUCAGUUAUUUCACAGCAGCCGGUUUCCCUGAACAGGCCUCUGCCUUCAGGGCCCAGGAAAUCGAUGGCAAGUCUCUUCUCCUCAUGCAGCGUAACGAUGUUUUGACUGGCCUGUCAAUCAGACUCGGGCCCGCCCUCAAGAUCUAUGAGCGCCAUGUAAAGGUUCUGCAGAAAACACACUUUGAGGAUGAAGACUGUGAAUGACUGUUAUGUCUGUAUCUACAUAUAGCUCCAGUGAUCCUAUAAAAAUGCAUGCAUGAUGUAUCUGCUUUACUUUUAAUCUCUUGUCAAACAGCACACACACACACACACACACACACACACACACACACACACACACACACACACACACACAACUCUGCUCCUCUUCCUCUGGCCCUCUAAACUGUUGUGGUCCAGACACGACACCCACAAAAACAAGACUGGAUGGACAACGAGGAUUUUUUACCAAACAGCACAAAUGUUAAAGGGAGAAAGCAGACUCAUAACAUGUUGUAACGCAGAGGUGGAUAAAAAAAGGUAAUGCAGUUCCUCUUUUUUAUUUACGAUGAUCAAGCACUUUGCCAUUUCUUGACCAAACUGUGCAUAAUGGUUAGUUUUUAGACGGCUUUUUUGUGCGGACCUUUAUGCACAUUUCAAAAGAGGUCCACGUGAUUCUGUGUAAAAGUACUGUUUUUGAGAUUUUAAUUCAAAGGUCUCUCGCAUGUGGGUGCGUCUCUGUCAUUGUACACUCUCUGUAUGUGUGUGUGUGUGUGUGGAGGCAUCACGGAGCAUGUUGGAUGGAGCAGAAACUUUUAGAAAUUGACCAUCUCAGAAGCUGGGUGGACCCUCCAUAAAUCGUCCUGUAUAUAUCUGGAUGAAAUGCGAUGCAGGGUUCACGACCUUGUGACAAAGGGUUGCCGGUCGAAGCAAUAAGUCCAUAGCUCCUCAUAGAUGUUUGAGAGGUUGUUGAAUCUUGUCGACAGGUUGUUUUUAUGCAUCUUAAUGAAUCCUACCGAUCAAAAUCUAUGACAUUUGGUUUUUCAACAGGUUUUUAAGCAGAGCUGGCCAUGAAUUUUACAAAGACCGACCUCGUCAUCCGUUGCCCACAAAGCUUAAGUACGGAUAAACUUAAAUGACGCCAUGUUUCUCUCUUUUUCCCCCCCGUUGUUUGAUGCCACUGGUCAGCAGGUGUCACUAGUAGUUACUAUUGAACAACGGCCUUUUAGUACAUAGUUACCCUGAGGUUGUUAAACUGGCCUCACAGACCAGUGUGGUAAAUGUAAUCCAUUUACUGGUCUGAAAUCAGCAGAACAAUCAA